UUCACAAUAACAAAAUAAUGCGUGUUAUUUUCGGCUGAUUGCCGCAGAUUGUGCACUAAAUUUACUUAAAAAAUGACGAAAAAGAAGCCUUUGGGAGUUGGGUUGAGCCGAGAUGAGCGAAUGCUGAUCGUGGUUGGUGAAAUCAUCCAGGAGCUGCUGAAAGCGCACCAUGAAGGCAAGGACGUGAAUCUGAACCGGCUGAAAACGCGCAUCUCUUCCAACUAUGGGUUAGAAUCGGCACCGCGGCUGGUCGACAUCAUAGCGGCCGUUCCGCACGAGGCCAAAUCCAUUCUUUUGCCGAAGCUACGCGCAAAACCGAUCCGGACGGCGAGUGGCAUUGCAGUGGUUGCCGUUAUGUGCAAACCACACCGCUGUCCGCACAUCAACAUGACGGGCAACAUUUGCGUGUAUUGUCCCGGCGGUCCGGACAGUGAUUUCGAGUACUCGACGCAAAGCUACACCGGGUACGAACCGACCUCGAUGCGGGCGAUUCGGGCACGGUACCACCCGUUCCUGCAGACCCGGCACCGGGUGGAGCAGCUUAAGCAGCUGGGUCACUCGGUCGACAAGGUGGAGUUUAUUGUGAUGGGAGGCACGUUCAUGUGCCUGCCGGAGGACUAUCGCGAUUUCUUCAUUCGCAACCUGCAUGACGCUCUGUCUGGCCAUACCAGCUCGAGUGUGGCGGAAGCGGUCAAGUAUUCGGAAAAAUCGCACACCAAGUGCAUUGGCAUCACGAUCGAAACGCGGCCGGAUUACUGUCUCAAGCGGCAUCUGUCCGAUUUGCUGUCGUACGGGUGCACCCGGCUCGAGAUUGGCGUGCAGUCGGUGUACGAGGAUGUGGCGCGGGACACCAACCGCGGUCACACGGUGAAGGCCACGUGCGAAAGUUUCCAGAUGUCGAAGGACGCCGGCUUCAAGGUGGUUUCACACAUGAUGCCAGACCUGCCGAACGUGGACAUCGAGCGGGAUAUUGAGCAGUUUAUUGAGUUUUUCGAAAACCCCGACUUCCGCGCGGAUGGGCUGAAAAUCUAUCCCACGCUGGUAAUCCGCGGCACGGGCCUUUACGAGCUGUGGAAAACGGGACGGUACAAGAGCUACCCGCCGUCGACGCUGGUCGAUUUGGUGGCGAAAAUAUUGGCCCUGGUGCCACCGUGGACCCGGGUGUACCGUGUGCAGCGUGACAUCCCGAUGCCGCUCGUUACGUCGGGCGUUGAGCAUGGAAAUUUGCGCGAGCUGGCUCUAGCGCGCAUGAAGGAUCUCGGCACGGACUGUCGUGACGUGAGGACGCGCGAGGUUGGUAUCCAGGAAAUUCACAACAAGGUCCGACCGGAUCAGGUUGAGCUGAUUCGGCGGGACUACGUGGCGAACGGAGGGUGGGAAACGUUCCUAUCGUACGAAGACCCGAAGCAGGACAUUCUGGUGGGACUGUUGCGGUUGCGCAAAUGCUCACCGGACACGUUCCGCCCGGAGCUGGUCGAUAGCUGUUCGAUUGUGCGGGAGCUGCACGUGUACGGGUCGGUGGUGCCGGUGAAUGCACGUGAUCCGACGAAAUUCCAGCAUCAAGGUUUCGGCAUGCUGCUGAUGGAGGAAGCGGAACGUAUCGCGCGGGAAGAGCACGGCAGUAAGAAGCUGGCGGUUAUAUCGGGCGUUGGAACGAGGAAUUACUAUCGCAAGAUUGGGUACGAGCUCGAUGGACCGUACAUGUCUAAGAUGCUGUAAGACAGCAUUUCCGAAAUAAAUUCAGGACACAAAUAAAGUGUUUCAAUUAA